CAAAAAGCAAUCCAUUAUGGCGGCUUCCAGUUCCAUGUGCGGCUGUCGUGCAUACCAGAGUUGGGUCAAUGUUGAAGGUAGUGGGCGCAUGUAACCUCGGUCUGGCUGGUUGCCUGCUGCUGCGUUAUUUUUGCAUAGCAAAAACAACCCAAGACAGAUUGUGCGGGUCGGUGAGGAGUACCGUUACAACAAUGAUGCGCAACACUGCCAACUUUUGUCGACUGCCAUCCUUGCUCUGCCGGAGUGUCCCAGCUGUUUCACUGCGGACUCAGGUGUCGUCAGAGCUGGCUCACAAGUUCGUUCAUCCUGGUUCCAGUCAGCUCAGCAGCCUACAAUUAUGCGCUGGCAGGAAUCGCAUAAACCGCUAUGCAGUCGGAGCAGGUGCCCUGUUCUCGGCUUACUUGCUCUGGAAACAGCGUGCAAUGUGGCUGCCCAUUGCCUCUGCCUCGACAAUUCCACCACCAUCCUCCCGGUUCAACUUCAUCGCUGAUGCUGUGGAGAAGACAGCACCUGCAGUUGUCUACAUUGAAAUCCUGGGCAGGCACCCCUUCACACAACAGCAGAUAGCUGUGUCCAAUGGCUCUGGCUUUGUGGUGCGCCCCGAUGGCCUUAUUCUAACCAAUGCACAUGUUGUGGCCGAUGGUCGGCUCGUGACCGUGAAGUUGCAUGAUGGGCGCCAGUUCACGGGAAAAGUGGAGGCUGUCGAUCGCCGUUCUGAUCUGGCCACCGUUCGCAUCCCAGCAAAAGGUCUGCCUACGCUACCACUUACUCGCACGGACCAGCUUCGACCCGGCGAGUGGGUCGUUGCCAUGGGAAGUCCGCUGGCCCUCAACAACACCAUCACAGCUGGGGUAGUCAGCUCCGUGCAUCGUUCAAGUAAGGAGCUUGGCAUUCACAACGAGAUGGACUACAUCCAGACGGAUGCCGCUAUCAACUUCGGCAACUCAGGGGGGCCUCUCAUCAACUUGGAUGGAAAUGUCAUUGGAAUCAACACAAUGAAAGUAACCGCAGGAAUAUCGUUUGCUAUUCCAGCUGAUUAUGCACUGGACUUCCUGGAACUGGCAUCAAAAAAAAGCCAGGAGGAGACAUCAGCUGACCGAUGGUACCUGGGGAUCACAAUGCUGACACUGACACCCAGCCUUAUCCUGGAACUCCAGCAGCGUGACCCUAUGUUCCCGCAUGUCUCCAAUGGGGUCCUUAUCUGGAGGGUUAUGCUGGGCUCACCUGCAAACCUGUACGGCCGGUCUCCAGCCUGGUGACAUCAUUGUGAAGAUUGGAAAUACAGAAGUGAAAUCUUCUCAGGAUGUUUACAAAGCACUUGAAGUCUGGAAACCACUUGAUAUUGAAGUAAUACACAGAGGCACCCGAAAGAAGCUCAAAGUUCAACCUUGAGCGGCAUAGCACAAGCAAAUAAAUUUAUGCUUCAUGUUCUUGGUUGUCUAGCUAGUGCCAUAAGUGUCUGCUUGAAGGUGUCUGCUUGAAGUGUGAAAAUGGUCAGAACGGAUUUUUAGUAAAGCUGUUGUUUAGGCCUGUUUGGACCUUUAGGCUCAGAUCUGUCCUCAAUGUGCCACGAUCACUGUGAAUUCAUUUAUGAAGAACUUAAUUACCGUUGAAAUGUAGUUUUGAUAAUACUAUACUGACUCAGGUGAGAUUAUAUUUGCUUCUUCAACUAUGCGAAUCAAAAAAAAAAAACACGCCAACAUUGAGGGUUCUUAACAAACCUUUCAGAGCAGCUGAGUGCUGCCGUAGGUGUGUGGCUGUCAGCGGUAUAAGUCCAUAUGAAAGAGCCAACUGCGAGGGCAGGUUGAUGUUGAUUGUCAGACAUCAGGACGUUUCACAAGGAAGCUGAGCGGAGACCACAUGCUCGUUAAUCAGUGAUGGUGCACCUUCACCUCUCUACAUCGCCAGUCAUUUUUUAUUCGUUUAGUUUUCGUGCAUUUUUCAUUUUUUGCAAUUUAAUCCAAAAUGCAUCCGUCUAGUGUGAUACUCAAAGGCACGCGCAUUUUGCCUAUUUAUGUUAGUAGAUAUGAAAAUAAAAUAUAGCUCUGGCCUGCACAAAGUUCUCAAUUUAAUGUCCUGCGUUGCAGCAUGACCUAUUUGCUUCGAGUGCAGAUAUCUCUAAUCACUGAUAUCCCGAGUUAAUUAAAAAAGUUCUUAAAAUGUGAUUUCUGUAAGUGCUUGAUUGUAUGCGCACAAUAAAUAAAAGCUCAAAUAGAUCGGGAA